AAGCAGCGAGGAGGAGAGGGGAAGUGAGAGAUGGGAGUGUAUAAAGAGGGUGAACGAACACGCAACGACCGGCCAACCCCCUCGCUCUCUCUUUCUCGUCCCCCACCCGCAACAACAUAUCUUCCUCUAAGUCGACCGCCAUUGUUGUUUCAGCCACACGACCUGCGAUCCUCUCGCCGGCGUUGAUCGGUUCCUCGACCUCCGCUGGAGGCCGAAGCAGCCUGCUCGAUCGCGUUCGAAUGAGGAUUUGCUCUAACAGAAAUGGAUGGUAACAGACAGAUGGAGGUUCAUUAUAUAAAUACUGGAUUUCCUUACACUGUUACGGAAAGCUUGAUGGAUUUGUUUGAAGGCCUCACUUAUGCUCAGGCUGAUGCCGUCCUUGCAGAAGCUAUUCAUGACCAGGGAAACACAUACUGGUCAACGAUGCACCCAUACAAAUAUGGAUUCUCUGGAUCUUCUAAUAAUUCAUAUUAUGAUUUUGGUCACACUUUUGAUAUCUAUGAUUAUACACAAAGAUUGGAUGGAGGAAGGAGAGCAUGGGACAACCCUGCAGCUUUGAACAACUUAGGCUUGCCACAGCAGACCCAGCAAAGCAAUGAAUUUGCUCAUGCAAAUAGAACUCCUAGAACCGAGGAAUGCAUUCAAGUGCAACAGAAUGUCAGUGGUUCUCAGGUCAUUUGGCAAGACAAUGUUGAUCCUGAUAACAUGACGUACGAGGAAUUACUGGAGUUGGGUGAGACAGUUGGAACACAAAGUCGUGGUCUUACUCAAGAAUGUAUUGCUUCACUUCCUGUCACAAAGUACAAGUGUAGCUUCUUUUCUAGAAAGAAAUCACAACGUGAGAGGUGUGUCAUUUGCCAGAAGGAAUAUAAGAGAGGGGAUCGACAAAUAAUUCUUCCAUGCAAGCAUGUCUACCAUUCCACCUGUGUCACAAGAUGGCUUGGUAUCAAGAAGGUAUGCCCAAUUUGCCUUGCCGAGGUACGAUGUGAGGAACCAAAGCUCCAGUGAUUUCUGAUUAGCAUAUAACGUUCAAGAUGUGUUUAGCCAAUUACUCCGGAAGCUGCUUUGUUUUCCUUAAUUUUCGAUUUCAGUGUCAGACAUAUCAGACAGCAAACUUGAUUGAUUCCACAGUUGUACUUAGUAUUUGUGAUGCACAGUAGGAAGCACAAACACAGUUGUAGAUUCCGAACAGGUAAAAAUUGUUACAAUCAUUUGGUCAGGAUUAGCUGAUUGUCGUGUGAAUGAAUGAUGAAUUAUUUGCCUUCUUA